AAUUUAUUCUUCUUAUUCUUCGUUCUUCGCCAAGUGGGAAAUCUUUUUCAAUUCAUCUCAUUUACCUUAUUACAAUAAAAUUGGUGCUUUAACCUUACCUUGCAACUCGCGAUGGAAUCUACCAGCAGACCAACCCUAUUGCUACUUCAUGGCGCCUUCCAUAUUCCAGACAGUUAUAAUAAAUUCACCAGAGCUCUGCGUGCUGCUGGCUUUGAAGUACACGUACCACGUCUUCCUUCCAUGAACGGAAGCCGGCCUCCGAAUACUGAUCUAGCCACUGACUCGGAACUCGUCCGCUCUUACGCCACUAGCCUUGUCGAAGCUGGUCGGGAUGUGGCGGUUCUAAUGCACAGCUAUGGAGGCCAGGUGGGCACCAACUCGUUGUACGGGCUUAGCAAGAGCGUCCGUUCUGCUAACGGACUUCCCGGUGGAAUUUCGCAUCUGAUCUACAUGUCAGCAUUUGCUUUGCCUGAGGGCAAGAGUAUGAUAGAUAAAGUAGAGGAAUUCGGACACCUGGAUCUCAUACCCGUCUCCUUUGGCAUCGAUUCAGACCAGAGCUGCGUAACGAACUACCCGAGGGAGGGCCUAAUAGACGGACCUUCUGACCAGGUUCAUCCGGAAGAAAUCAAGGAAUAUAUUGAGACUAUCGGUCGUUGGAAUGGGAAGUCCAUGUAUAUGCCCAUCCAAAACACUCCCGCCUGGCGCGACGAGGUCAACAUCUACUAUAUGUACACGCUCAAUGAUAUCAGCCUUCCUAUCGAGUACCAGAGGAGUAUGGUUGAAUUUAUAGAGAAGGAAGAGGGCAAGACGGUCGAAACAGUGGAGUUCGAAUCAAACCACGCUCUCACCUUACUGGUGACGAAAAGGGUCGUUGAUACUGUCAUUAAAUUUACGUCGUAGGUAGUAAGGGUCAAGGAUAUGUUACACUACGAUUGUAAUUGUCCCUAAUCAAUAUGAUCACUUGAAUUAUCAUCAAAAUCCGC